AUGCAACUCGUUCAACUCGUCAUCCCCAGCGAGUCCGCUCAAAUCGCCGUCUCUUACCUCGGUGACCUCGGCCUUGUUCAGUUCAAAGACGUAGCUUUGCUGAGUUUGAUUUUGAACAUCUUUGCUAAUGUGUGCCUUGGAGGGAUCACAAGUAGUUUUGUAAGGAAAUUCGAUGAGAGCGAGGAUAUGCCUCUCGACAGCGAUGUCUUCCGUGAGCCUCCUGGCUACAAUGCGCCGCAACAGGUUCACAUAAUACAAGGAGACCAUGUCGGAAAAGCCGUGAUCGUGUCAUGGGUUACGAUGGCCGAACCGGGUUCUGACACCGUCUUAUAUUGGAGCGAGUCGGACCCUAGGUGCAAGCUUAAGGCUAAGGGUACCUACACCAAAUACAAAUUCUACACCUACACAUCUGGCUACAUCCAUCACUGCACAAUCGAGAACUUGCAGUUCGAUACUAAAUACUACUACCUGGUGGGCUAUCGCCAAGCACCCAGGAUUUUCUGGUUCAGAACUCCCCCUGAAGUUGGUCCUGAUGUUCCAUAUACAUUUGGUCUCAUAGGGGAUUUGGGCCAGACUUAUGACUCAAACUCAACUCUAACGCAUUACGAGUCAAAUCCAAUCAAAGGGGAGACGGUUUUGUUUGUGGGUGACCUGUCGUAUGCGGAUAAGUAUCCAAAUCACGACAACAAUAGAUGGGAUACUUGGGGAAGAUUUGUUGAGAGAAGUAAUGCGUAUCAGCCUUGGAUUUGGAUUGCUGGCAAUCACGAAAUCGAUUUUGCCCCUGAAAUAGGUGAGCCGGAACCAUUUAAGCCUUACACUAGCCGAUAUCCCGUUCCCUAUAAAGCAUCAAACAGUACGUCACCCCUUUGGUACUCAAUCAAGAGGGCUUCGGCAUAUAUCAUUGUUCUAUCUUCAUACUCGGCUUUUGGCACGUACACUCCACAGUACUUCUGGUUAGAAGCCGAGUUCAGAAAGGUGAAUCGAGAAGAGACACCAUGGCUGAUUGUUCUUGUCCACUCGCCAUUUUAUAACAGCUACAAAGAUCAUUACAUGGAAGGUGAGACCAUGAGAGUGCUGUUUGAACCAUGGUUCGUCAAGUACAAAGUCGACGUAGUCUUGGCUGGCCAUGUCCAUGCCUACGAACGAUCUGAGCGCAUAUCAAAUUCUGCAUACAACAUCACAAACGGAAAGUGCACUCCAUUGUAUGACCAAUCUGCCCCUGUGCACAUAACCAUCGGCGAUGGUGGAAACAUUGAGGGCCUGUCCACCGUCAUGACAGAACCACAGCCCGCAUAUUCGGCCUUUCGUGAGGCAAGCUUCGGGCACGCUACUUUAGAAAUAAAAAAUAGAAGCCACGCAUUUUACAGCUGGCACCGUAAUGAAGAUGGGUACGCCGUGAAAGCCGAUUCCAAGUGGUUUUACAAUCGCUAUUGGAAUCCCAUGGACGAGACCGUAGCUAGCGCAUGA